GCCGUCCACUCGUUUUUUUUUUUAUAGUUACUUCUUCAUUUCCCCCUUUCCUUUCCUCUCUCUCUCUGUUUGUCCAUCUUUCCCUCUGUUCCUCCGCGAAAUCUCCAGACCAGCAAUCCUCUCACAGAGAGAGGGAGAGAAUCUCUGGAAGUCUACAGUUGUGGGAUUUCGAUUUCCACUUCUGUCUCACAAAUUUCUUUUCCCCAUUUCUUUGUUAUUAUUAUUAUUAUUCAAUCUCCCAUUGAUUUCUCCGGCGACUUACUCUUCGCCGCCGGGGACUCUUUUUUGAGAGGUAAAUAAAUAAUAGAUACCUGCCACUCCUUCCUCCCUAUUUGUUCGCCGGUUACCACAUUCGGAGCCUCCCCCGAGAUCCGCCAAUUGCCGUCGGUUUGUCUUCCUUCCUUUUCCGGCGAGGCAGGCUUCAGUUACCCUUUGAAUUACCCCCCGGGAAAUCGGAGAUUCAGUUUGCUUUCUCUCGCCGUUGAUUUUGCGACGACGUCGUAGGAGGAGAAGUAGAGAAAGGGAAGUAGGGAGUUACGCCUAAACCUACGCGUGGCGGUCGGGGCUGGGAUUCGUGUAAUGCUGCUGCUGGGUAGAAGAAGAAGAAGAGUCAAACCUUUUCCAGAACAGGGGAAAUUAAAUUCCCCUUCCUCCCUAUCCUUAUCUUCUUUGCCGCUCUGAUUUCUGUUCGAGAUCGAGUGGAUUCGGGGGAAAGUCAGUUCCUUCCUAGAGAUCUGAAGUUGCAGAGGAAUCUGCCAUAAUUUCCUUUUUUUGGGGUUUGUGGUGUUUGUUUUCCUUGUAACCGGCGGCAGAGGCAGCCAAAAGAAGAAGAGAUGAUGAGAAUGAAGAAUAAACCACCGACGGCGGCUGGGGGCUCACCAGAUUCCAUGGGAGCAGAGUGGGAGAUGAGACCCGGCGGAAUGCUGGUUCAGAAGCGAAACCCAGAUUCCGAUCACAGGUCCAUUCCUCCACCGACAAUUCGGGUCCGGGUCAAGUACGGGUCAACCUACCACGAAAUCAACAUCAGCUCUCAAGCUUCUUUCGGGGAGCUGAAGAAGAUGUUGACCGGACCGACUGGGCUACACCAUCAAGACCAGAAGCUGAUUUACAAAGACAAAGAGAGGGACUCCAAGGCUUUCCUGGAUAUGACAGGGGUGAAAGACAAGUCCAAAAUGGUGCUGCUUGAAGACCCAAUUAGCCAGGAGAAGCGUUACCUUGAGAUGAGAAAGAAUGCCAAGAUGGAGAAAGCUUCCAAGUCCAUCUCCGAGAUCAGCUUGGAAGUCGACCGCCUCGCUGGUCGGGUUUCGGCUCUCGAAUCAGUGAUUAGUAAAGGUGGGAAGGUAGCGGAGAAGGAUGUUUUGAGCUUGAUCGAAUUGUUGAUGAACGAGCUGCUGAAGUUGGACGGAAUUAUGGGUGAUGGAGAUGUCAAACUGCAGAGGAAGUUGCAGGUGAAAAGAGUUCAGAAGUAUGUUGAGACAUUAGACAUGUUGAAGGUGAAGAACUCAUCUUUGGCAAACGGCAAUGGAACCCACCACAGCAAAUCAAACCACCAUCAGCACAAGCAAAGCAAUGGACAUAGGUUAGCUCCGAUCGAGGAACAUCCACCAAGGUACUCCAAUGGCGACCACCACCAACAACAGCAGCAGCAGCAGCAUCACGUGCGCUCAGUUCGCCAUCCCACGGCAUACCAGCAUCAACAAGAACAGCAGCAGUCAUCAAAGCAUUCGACUUCCGCGCAGCCGGUGGUUGUUACCACACAAUGGGAAACAUUUGAUUCAACACCAGGGACAUCGUCGGCUGCAGUUCCUCCGGCAGCAGGCAACAAUAAUUCAGCCCAUAAUCAACCAAAGUUCCCAUGGGAUUUCUUCGGUUGAGAUUGAUCAAAUAAACUACAGCAACAGCAGCAGCAAGCAAGUUCUAUCCCCGCAGUAGUACUUUGUUCUAUUUUCCCCCUCUAUUGUGCCUUGUUCUUUGUGUGUGGAUGUGCUUUCUCUUGGGUUUGUGACACCUUUUUUUCUUUCUCCCUUUCAUUUUCACCAUUUUUUUAGUUUGGGUUUCCCUAAUUCUUUCAUGUACUUAGAUUUAUUAGCCCACCCUCCCCUUUUUACUUCUUUUAGCUCUACUACUAUUGUCCAAAAUUCAGUUCCACCAGAAAUAAACAUGGGGGGCUCUCUACUACUAAAAAUGAUAGCAGCAGUAGCAGCAGUCAAGUUUCUCUGUUCCAUCAUCUUGUUCUGUUCUAUUAUGGAUGUACAUUGGCAAGAUUCAUUUCUUCCUGUGGCAAAAUUCAUCAAGACUUUUUUGGGUUUCUUUAUGGUGACUUAUUGUAGCAAACUAGCAAUAUAUUUGUACAUUUACUUUGCUUCCUGGAUUGGCUACAAGCUGACAAAAUGGGGGUUGCGAGGAGCAAUCAUGCAACUACCCCAGAUCAAUGAUUACACAUUUGAAGUGUCAGAGUGAAAUGAUGAAAGGAAGUGAGUGAGUCAGGUCCUCUUUUGGGCCAUGGCCUGAAGGCAGAGCUUGUGGUAUUUCCAAACCCAGUAAAACCUUCUUGUUUAGGACAUAUUUUUGGGUAUUAAUUGCUGUGGUUUUGGCCUUGUGGGA